GGCAUAACUUUAACCGAUGUUCACAAACCGAAAGUACCCAACCUGGCAAUCGGGAUGAGGUCAUAGCGCUACGUAUCGUUUACUGUUCUCCACGUCGAUCGAAUAUAAUGAUUAUGCUCCAUUUUUAGUAUACAAAGAGGGAAACCAUAACAAGUGAUUCAUGAAGAUAUGGCAUUAAAGUUCCUGUCGAAGCAGCUGCAGAGAGUGUUUGAAGAGCUGCCUCAGCAGCCUGGCUUCUCAGCAGGCCCUCUCGAAGACGAUAUGUUGCACUGGGAAGCUUCUAUUGUUGGACCAGAGGAUACGCCAUACGAGGGAGGGCAGUUCUAUCUACGAAUAGAUUUUACAGCGGAUUAUCCACUAAAACCACCAAAGAUUUGGUUUUUGACAAAGGUAUUUCACCCAAAUGUUGAUGAUAAAGGAAAAAUCUGCGUAGAUUUUCUACAAGAUGAAUGGAAACCAUCAUUCUCAAUCUCAUAUAUUCUGUUGGCUAUUUGCUCUUUGUUGAUGCACCCGAACACCGAUGAUCCUAUAGUUCCAGAAAUUGCUGACUUAUAUCUGAAAGACAGAGAAAAAUUCAAUGAAAAGGCUAGACAAUUGACUCUGGAAGACGCUAAACCGGAUUUUGGACAACAGUGUUAACAUUGCACACUGAUAAACAACGUUGUAAUUGCAUUUUGGUAUAUUUGAUCUCUAGCUCGGAGGUCUUGGUCAUGUGAUACGCCGAAAAUCCUCACUUAGUCUAGUUGUGAACAAGUUUUGCCAUGGGUUUAUAUUUGUAUAACUGUCACAUUGCGCGCCAUAUGGUUAAAUGAUGAGAGAUGGACGUAUACCGUCUUCGUUUGAAUAUGAUACACGUAUAUGGGUUUUUUAUUCAGGAAAACGGGUUUUGCUGCUAAGGGAAAACAAACAUGACUUGUAUUAGUAUUUGACUAAAUUGUUUCAUUGUUAUUUUGAAUGAACUUACUAUUUAUCUACGUAUAGGACUGGAGCAGAAAUUACCUGAAAGCCGGAGAAUUGUGUCACGUGUCUGAAGGGUCAAGUAAAAACAAAUCUUCCGUUUACUUAGAAUCUUUGAUGAACCAGAAAGUUUGCAUAUAUCUGUAGUAGUAGUAGUAACAACAACAAUGUAUUCUUUAUAUUUCCUGGCCUUUUAUUUCGAGACAACACAUUUAUUGUUGAUCGAUGUGAAAGGCAAUGGAAAAUUGGAUAAAAAAUGAUAUAAAUGAUACUAAAGCUUGAAAAACUAGAUCUUUUCCUAAUGAUUUCAAGAAUUUACAGAUAUAAACCUAUUUGAUUUAUUAUAGUUGUCUGUGACAUGAACUACAAAUAUUGGCAGUAAAAAGUGUGAAUGUUUUUAAUUGUUGAAAAUUAAAUGUUUUGUGACUCUAUUUUUAAUGGUUGUAACUAUAAUAAAUGUCUAGUGUUUCUUAAGUGCUCAAAACUUUUAUUGUUGUAAAUAUAAAUAUAAUAUUAUUUUGUUAAAUGUAAUUACAGGUUUUAUAUAUAUAUGGCAUGAACUGUAGCCCUGAUGAUGGAUAUGUUUUUAUAAUGAAUUAAUUUGAACCGUCAAAAUAAAGAUAUAUAAAGAAAACUGAUAAUUUCACAGGAAAGCUUACCAUAAUCCCGAGAGUCGUCGUUAGAAUUGUUUGUGCUCAUUUCUUAUAACAGAAGUAAAUUUCUAGUUUGAUAUCGCAGCAGACAGUUAUUCUUUGUUUAUGUACGUACAUGUUUGACCAGACAGCAGCUUUCUUGCCUAUUUAGUAAGGUAAUAUAGCAGUUGUUUGCUUUAUUGUUUUGGAAAACAGCUCUUUAUUACAUGUUUUGCGGCGGAUAUUUAAAUAUUAGAGUAAAUAGAUCUAUUUCUGGUAUUUCCACAAUGAAAGAUAUCAAAUUUAUUUUUCACUGGUAAAAAAAAACACUAUCAAAUGUGUAAAUUUACUCAAAACAGAAAAUUUGUUUAUUCUACAUGUUAGACAAAAUAUCUUUCACUCAUGAACACCAUAUCUUACAUUUUCAUUUUACGGCUAUGCCACUGGUGAAAAUAUUGAACCUGGUGUUCUAGUGAAAGAAGUUCCAGUCUUACACUGAAACAGACAUAGGAUCUAAUAUCCCGAAGUUAUUUAUCACGAGUUAUUUAUCUUGAUAGAAAUUCGGGUAUGACCUUUAUAGGGAUUAAUGUCAAUAUGUUUUAGAUUUUAUUUCUGUAGACGAGAGGUCUUUCAUUUAGGCGUACUUUUCACGCUGCAACAGUUUAUGCAUUGAAGACAAAUUUCGUAUUAUUUGUAGAUGUUGCACUGAUAUAAGAAAGAAAUAUUGAAAUGUAAAUUAUUUUCAUCAUCAGUUAUCUAGACAUAUUAAAGAAGCACCGACUCUUUAGAAAUGCACAUUUGUUUUAAACUGUUGAACGAUGAUAUUUCGUGUUCAGUUACCACGUGUUUUAUACUGUAUAUGCUAUUAUAUAUUUAAUUUAUAAACACUUAAAUAUACCAUAUUACUUGUGUCAUGUUUACUAUAACGUGGCGAUUGUACUUAGUAACUGUGUUGUUGACGAUGUACAUGUCUUAAUGUAUCUGUUCUGUUCUGUUCUGUCCUGAUGUCUUAUUUUACACGUGAAUAAAAGAAAUAUUAAAGUAA